AUGCAGAACGAAGAGGGUCAAAACAUGGAUUUGUACAUCCCCAGGAAAUGCUCUGCCACAAACAGGCUUAUCACCUCUAAGGACCACGCGUCUGUGCAGAUCAAUAUCGGUCAUUUGGAUGCUAAUGGUCAUUACACUGGCCAGUUCACGACUUUUGCUCUCUGCGGCUUUGUUCGAGCCCAGGGUGAUGCUGACAGUGCCGUUGAUAGGCUUUGGCAAAAGAAGAAGACUGAGCUCCGCCAGCAGUAA